CUCCACAUGUUUUAUAGGAAAUAGGAAAAGUGGUUGAUGUUGGGUUAAUGCAAAAGCAAAUGCCUAUAAAAUACAACCACCACUCAGCCCCCAAUCUUCAUUCUUAAACACACAAAAGGUGAGGUCGAGAGUCUUCUCUUCACACACAAACACACACACACUUUCACUUGUUCUGAUUUCUCUAAAUUUCUUCCAUAAUCCCCCUCUUUAAUUCCCCGCUUCUACUAAUCCCUUUCUGCAAAUCAUCUGUCUUUCAACGAUAAAAAGAAUCAAUUGAUUUGGGUUUGUUUUUCUUACCGUAAAAAGGCAAACUUAAUUUGAUUUUAAUUUUCUUCUUUCUUUCAGAGCCAGGUGUUUUCAGAAUAGAGAUCCAUCCUUUUUUAUUUGGGUUCUAUUUCGAGUUUUUUGUAAAUUUUCACACCUUUUCGGGUUUAUUUUUGUCCCCUUAAGGUUAAUUUUAUUUUAGAUUUUGCCAGAAAAAAAGGGUUUAUUAUUUGUUAACCCUGUUUUUUGCUUGGAAAUUUAUCACCUGUUUUGUUGAUUUUGGUAAACAAAAAAAGGUGGGUUUUAUUUUUCUUUGAUUAUUUUGUUUCAAUUUAUAUAAAAAAAGUUAGAUCAAGAUCAGGAUCAGGAUGGCUUCAGCUACAAUGGAGUUUUGGAGUAUCAACGAUCUUCAACAGUUGAACAACGGUGGUAACCUCAUGGACGCGUUAGAGCCUUUUAUCAACUCAGAUUACCAAAUUACCCUUCCUUCUUCUACCCAACAAGAAUCCGGGUUGUACCCGGCCCAUGGAUUCUCCUCCCAAUACCCGUCUGGGUUAAACCACCUGACCCCAUCUCAAAUCCAUCAGAUCCAAGCUCAGAUCAAUCUCCCCAACCAUAAUACCUACCUAAGUCCGAAUCCUGUACCCAUGAAGCAAGUCGGGUCACCUCCGAAACCCAUGAAGCUGUACAGGGGUGUGAGACAAAGGCACUGGGGAAAAUGGGUCGCGGAGAUCCGUUUACCGAAAAACCGGACCCGACUUUGGUUAGGUACGUUUGAUAGAGCCGAGGAAGCUGCGUUGGCCUACGACAUAGCCGCAUACAAGCUGCGUGGGGACUACGCGCGGCUCAACUUCCCCCACUUGCGUCAUAACGGCUCUCACAUCGGGUGUGAGUCCGGCGUGUACAAGCCGCUUCACUCUUCAGUGGACGCCAAGCUGCAGGAGAUUUGCCGGAAUCUGGCGGAGGGGAAGAGUAUUGACAGCGGGAAGAAGAAAGGUUUGCGGCGGUCAAAGGUGGUGGAGCAGCCGGAAGUGGUGAAGGUUGAGUCAUCGGAGAGUGAGGGAUCGUCGCCGUCGUUCUUGGAGUUCACGGAGGAAGAAAGCGCGUGGGGUGGGUCGGAUCUGCUGGAAAAGUACCCGUCGUAUGAAAUUGAUUGGGCAGCUAUAUAGUGUAGUCGUUAUUUGUGUAUUUAAGUUACAACUACCACUAUUAUUAGGACAUGUGGUAGUGUUUCUUUGUAAAUUCAUUCAGGAAAAAAUGGGUGCUACUGCAAUGGAGUUUUUGGCAAUUGCAGAGUCACUGCUUUUCACUAGUGGUUAGUUUUGUCUUUUCAUCAGUCUUGUUUAUUCUGUAAUUUUAUGUUCAGUUUAAUAUAAUUUUGUGCUUUUCAUUGUCUGUA